AUGCAAAUAUGUGAAUUUAAGGUUAACAAAUCAUAUGCAAUCAUUAGCUCAUCGGUAAGUUUUUGGCUACCAGGAAUUGUCAUGAUUUCAAUGUACUACAAAAUAUAUCAGGAGGCCGAUAGGCAAGAGAGGAUGCUGUACAGAUCCAAGGUGGCUGCACUCCUUCUAGACAAACAUCUACAGAUCAAUCACAUCCCAAUUCCCAGACCAAGUGUUCAAAUGGAGCAGACUACAAUAUCGUCUAUGAGGAGGGAAAGAAAGGCUGUACGUACACUUGGUAUUAUCAUGAGUGCGUUCCUUCUAUGCUGGUAUGGCUUUUAUGGUAAGUAUAUAACGAGUUCCCUAUGUGAUGAGUGUGAAACACCAAAAAUCGUCGUUGGAAUACUGUUUUGGAUAGGUUAUUUCAACUCAGCCCUUAAUCCAAUUAUCUACGCAUAUUUCAAUCGAGAGUUUCGAGCCGCAUUCAAAAAGACACUGACGUCUUGCUGUCCAUACCAAUUAAUGAACUGUAAAGUAAGCGAUGGGGUCGAUUUACCACCGUACAUGCAUUCCACAGCAUCAUCCGAAAUUCAUAUGAACAUAAUCCGAUCAAGAAACUAUUCGUCUUCCAAUCAACUGCAGCAAUAA